AUGUCUAAGCGAACCAAGAAGGUCGGCGUGACCGGCAAGUACGGCACAAGAAUCUCUCAGCACGCCCGGUACACCUGCACUUUCUGCGGAAAGAACUCUGUCAAGAGACAAUCGACCGGCAUCUGGGGCUGCAGGAGCUGCAAGCGCGUGACUGCUGGUGGUGCCUACACAGUUUCUACUCCGGCUGCCGCCGCCAUGCGGUCGACACUCCGACGACUGAGGGAGAUUGCGGAGGUUUGA